CGGCCCGACGACAUCGAGCGGUGACGCAGCGACGCACGUGUGCUCGAGGUGUUCCGCGAUCAGGCACCCAUCGACCCCGAGAACAAAAGGUUUCCGUCGUCUAUGCUCUACGCUCUCUUGACAAUCGCGAUCGAAACAUUUUUCGGCGAGUUCACGUUGCGACUUUUGUAGUUGUUGUCCAGAUUUUUCGUACUGUAUCUUAAUUUUUGUCACGCUCGUUUCGUUCGAACGCAUCGCGAAUUGUUCGCGACACGUGCUGAUUUCGCGCGUUAAUCGUUAUGUGCUUGUCACAGCGGGGGAAAAGGGUGAAGUGUUCGGAUAAGUAUUCGUAAGUGGAAAAGAGGAAAAGAAUUCAUAAUCUGCCUCGCGGUAGACGCCUGACAGGUUUCUCAAUGCGCCCUUCGUCAGGGGGUGAAAGUUGCACGUGGUGGGAAUUCGGCGAUCUCUGACAACAGCCUCACGGUGAGCACAGGGAGUUGCAUACGUCAGUUAACAAGUGAGAAAAAAAGAAAAUCCAUCUUUAACAAGUGUUCUCACCAAGAUCGUCAGGAGAAACCAUGAAGAAAUCUUAUUUCGUCUUCAUAUGCCUGCUGGGCCUCGUCGUGAGCGACAACAGCACGAUCGGUGAUCAUUCGAUUACAGAGGACACUUCCGAGAUCAGCAAUACCGGCAACAAUCUCGCGGUUGACCUCAUAGAUCAGAACGGUGGUUGGGGAGAAUGGUCACCAUGGUCGAAGUGGUCGACAUGUACAAGGACGUGCGGUGGCGGAAUCUCGCGACAACAGCGUCGAUGCAGGCGUAAUAGACCGUGCAAGGGGAAGAUCUGGACUACUAGAUAUAAAAUUUGCAAUCCGGAACCCUGCGAGAAAUCGAGUGAUUUUCGCUCGGUACAAUGCGCCGCCUUCAACAAUGUGCCAUACAGCGGGCAACUGCUCAAAUGGUAUCCCCAUUACGACCCGGCUAGGCCAUGCGCUUUGAUCUGCCGCGGCGAGCAAACCCUCGAGAAUAACGUUAGACGGUCGCGACAGGAAGUGCCGUCGGGCGAGAAGACGAUGCCGCGCGAUUCUACGGAUAGCCUGCUAUUUGACAGCGACGAAACGAUAGUGGUGGAACUAGCGGAUAAGGUGGAGGACGGCACAAAAUGUUACGCGGAGGGCACGGACGUGUGCAUAAGCGGCGAAUGCAUGAAGGUUGGUUGCGACCUUCGAGUUGGUAGUAACAAGAACACAGAUGCGUGUGGCGUGUGCGGAGGGAAUGGAUCAAGCUGCCAAUCGCGGUACUCCUGGAGUUUGGAAUCGAUAUCCGCCUGUUCCAAGUCCUGCGGUGGAGGUUUCAAGAUAGGGAUGGCGGUGUGCAAAUCGGCCGACGAGAGCGGCAGACCUUCGGUGAAG